UAUUUAGCCUCACCCAAUCCUUCUCCUCCUAUCGUCUCCUGCCUCCUCUCCUAUUCCUUCUCCACGGUCUUCUCUCCUCCUUUCGCUUCUCCAAGCGAUAGGCGGAGCGAUCUCAACAAUCUACUGCUUGAAGGGUUUUCAGUUUGCAAGAUAUGAUGGCUGGUGAUCGGCCUCAGCACCCCACAGUCCUUCAAAAGGUUACUGGACAGCUCAAUCUUGGAUCUAGUCUUUCCCGUGAUGUGCCGGCACACCAUGGGGGUUUAUAUAGACCAGCUAUGUCUCAGAGGCAUUUUUCAUAUGGAAAUUAUUGCAAUUCAAAUUUGCAGUCCCCAUUGAUGCAGUCAUGCAAUGGGAACAUCGACCUGUCCAUGGUUUCCUCUGCCACUUCACUGAUCUUUGUUCAAGCCCCCAAGGAGAAAAACUUCACCAACUUUGCUAUUGAUUUUCUUAUGGGUGGAGUAUCUGCAGCUGUAUCUAAAACAGCUGCUGCACCUAUAGAGCGUGUUAAGCUUUUGAUUCAGAACCAAGAUGAAAUGAUCAAGGCUGGUCGGUUGUCUGAGCCUUACAAAGGUAUUGGGGACUGUUUUAGCCGGACAAUGAAGGAUGAAGGGGUGAUGUCAUUGUGGAGAGGGAACACUGCUAAUGUCAUCCGUUACUUCCCAACACAGGCCUUGAACUUUGCCUUUAAGGAUUACUUCAAGAGGUUGUUCAACUUCAAGAAAGACAAGGAUGGAUACUGGACAUGGUUUGCAGGCAACUUGGCAUCUGGUGGUGCUGCUGGUGCUUCAUCCCUGCUAUUUGUCUAUUCACUGGAUUAUGCUCGAACCCGUCUGGCUAAUGAUUCCAAGGCAGCAAAGAAAGGAGGAGAGAGACAAUUCAAUGGUCUCGUUGAUGUCUACAGGAAGACACUCCAGUCAGAUGGUAUUGCUGGCCUUUACCGUGGAUUCAACAUUUCAUGUGUCGGAAUCAUUGUUUACCGUGGUCUCUACUUUGGACUGUAUGAUUCUUUGAAGCCAGUUCUUCUUACUGGAAAUUUACAGGAUAGUUUCUUUGCUAGCUUUGCAUUGGGUUGGCUCAUCACAAAUGGUGCUGGUCUUGCAUCCUACCCAAUUGACACUGUUCGAAGAAGAAUGAUGAUGACCUCCGGUGAAGCUGUCAAGUACAAGAGCUCAUUGGAUGCAUUCUCACAGAUCCUGAAGAAUGAGGGAGCCAAGUCCUUGUUCAAAGGUGCAGGAGCGAACAUUCUCCGUGCAGUUGCCGGUGCUGGUGUGCUUGCUGGUUAUGACAAGCUGCAGCUGAUCGUUUUUGGAAAGAAGUACGGAUCUGGUGGAGGCUAAUUUAAUGAUCGCCCUUCAUAACCUACCAAUUAGCCUUAGAUGGUGAUGAAAAAGUUAAUUUAGUUUCCUUAUGGGAAAUUGUCUUGCGAAUUUUUGCCCUUUUGAAUAAUUUAGUUUCAGAGGAAGAGAUUGUGAGGGAGUUUCUCCCGAACCAGUUUACGUUUUUGGUUGGAGUCUUUUGGUUCCUAUAAACUUGAUAUUUAAUUGAGAGGUUGCAAUAGAUGUCUCCAAGAGGAGUUUAUGUU